CCUACGAAAUGUUUCGUAACUGAAUGUUGCGAGUUGUCUGAGCCGAGUAAAGGAAGGCAGCCAACUUGGGAAACGCGGCGGAAACCGGAUGGUUGGACUGUAGCGCGAUCACGCUCAUAACGGCCGAGGCAAGCACAGAUAUAGCAAAAGAUGAGCCCUAAUCUGAUAUGAACUUUGAACCAUUAUGCAGUUAUCCGCUGCUCCACGCACCGUUCUGGUCCAUUUAACGCUAUGCCUGUCGCUGCUGGUGAUCAGAGACUUUGUGCAAGGUAGCGAUGUGCACAUUGUCGAGGGAAAGCGCGCUUGUGACCGCGGCGGUGGAGCGUAUUGUUCCAGGGGCUUUGUUAAAGGCUACAUCGGGCCACUGGACACAGCUGCGCAAAUUAAAGAGGCCUUAGAAGCUACAUCAUAUAAGAAAGAAGUAAUCAUCUUUGGCGAAAGUCGCGCGAGCGAUGCCUCACAGACACUGGCGCGUUUCAGGAACCAUGGAUACAGUCACAUAAUGGUGCUGUUAUCCCAGUUGGAGGUAUGCAGACGGUUGGACUACGUGUUCUUGCCAUGGAAGAAUGCGCACGGCCCAAUCAGUUGUGGGACAUACGCCACGCGUGAUGAAAGCGGCCAGGCCUAUGCAAGUGGGUUCAGGUACCUGAAACGCGACAUCGGGAACACCAUGUGGUGGUACAAGUGGUACACGGCGGCACGCGCCGUGGCGCUGGGAUACAACGUGCUGGCCAUUGACAGUGACUGCCUUGUACUGGAUGACUUCUAUUUCCGCGUCAAGGCGCCCAGCCCGCUGGCCAGAUACAAUAUGUUCACGCAGUCUGAGGGCAAGACGCUCAUCAACAGCGGCUGGACGUAUGUUCAGAAUGCUGCAUCGAAUGGCCCUGUGGCAUGGAUGCUGUACGACAUGGUUCACAAGCUAGUACGAUGGGCAGAGGACCCCUCGGAGCUCUUCAAGAUGGCGCCGUUUGCAGCCACCAACGACGUGAUCUGGGGCGACGACCAGGAGUCCAUGAGUGAUGUGUUAUUCAGCUGCAUCAACGGCCGCACGAGCUACUACAUUAUAGCAUACAACAUCCGCGACGAUGAGGCCGCGUGGAGCAAGCUCGGAGUCAAGAACGCGUUGGAACACCUGGAUAGGCUCCAAGGAAUGGAUUACUGGAAAAUGGAGACGUUCCCCGUGUCCGGCGAGCUGGCGGACCUGGUGUGCGAGCACCUGCCCGACGUAGAGCGCUGCCGCCGCGAGCCUGCCACCAACUUCACCGCACAGACCGUGGAACUGCGCAUGCCGCACAGCGGCGGCGUCUUUCCUCCGGAAUGGGGCGGCUACCCGUUUGUCAAGGAGGCGGGGCCUAUCACGCUCGCGUACCGCCAAUCUUUCAAGGAUCUAGGCGUGCCUCUGCCGCCCGACCCCGAGGACCCCGCCACCGAGGCAGCGGCCCGCGCCACCAAGUCAGAACACUUCGUGCUCAUGCAGAGCUUUGUCAAGACCGACGGCUUCCGGCAUCCAAACCCCAUGGGCUGGGUCCAGAACACUUGGGCCGCCGCCGGAUAUGUGGGCCUGUGGCACACGCACCUGGCGCCGCCCGGUAGCCAUAUGUUCCAGGGCGGUGGCCAUGUGUUUGCGGGCAUGUUCCCCUUCGGCCCCGCAACCAAGUACCUAGCACUGUCGUCCGCGGGCCACUACGACUGGCGCGUCGCGGCCAGGCUGGCCGGCCACCCGGACAAGGUGUUCAUCACCGCCCAGUCGGGGCCUGAGGUGGAGCUGCGGCGGGUGGUGGCCUACUCGCCCGGCCUCAUACCUGACAGCAUCACCAAGGAGGACUUCAUCGUGGCAGUCAAUGGCCUGGCGCAGCUGGGGGUGGCGCUGGGGGCGGUGGUGGCCUGGCCCGAGAUAGACUGCAACACUGAGUGGGUGCAAGCCAAUCCGUUCAGGAACAAGACCCGCGUGGGGCCUCAGACCGUCCCCUGGACCUACCUCAACACGGGCUUCACGGUUUACCCCUUCGGGCGGUCGCUGGAAACGUUGAAGUGCCAGUGGAACGGCUUCCAUCAGUCUGAGUGCCUACAGAACAGGCGGCCCAACGGCCUCGACGUUGGCCGCGCCCUCACCCCCAUUGAGUUCGACCACCUGCUGUCGCGCACGCGGCGCCAGCUGUUUGCGCAGCUGGGGAUUGAUGCCGACAUUCACGUGGGCACACCGCUGAAACUGGCCAGUAACGGCACUGCUGCCCCCAGCUCCUCCGCGCAUCCCGCCAUGGCUGAGGUGUCGUACUCGGACCUGCUGGCCGCCAACACGGACACGCUGCUGCACAGCCACGCCGCCGAGCACGUGCCCAUCCUGUGGGUGGACAGGCUGGUGGCGGGCGUGAGCGGCAUGACGGGGGAGCUCAAGAAGGUGUAUGACAACUGGAGCAAGACGUGCGUAAUACUUCAUUACUUUGAGGCGCAACCUCUUCCCCACGACUAUUAGUCGUACAUAUCGUAUCAACGCAACAAUGCUGAGUGAGAGAGGACAAGCGGCAAUAGCAAGAAUUACGCAUAGGCGCUCACGCGCUGAUCACGGACUGCACGCAUCAUGACAUGUACGUAUCGACAUGUAUGUAUGAUCUGUUUUGGAGGAGGCACUGCACGUCUGACACACCAUUGAAUGCGUGAGUGUCUGAGUGAUAUGAUGACGUGAAGCAUAGUGAGAGCCUGAGAGGCGUGGACGCCCUGGGGUGCAUGCCUGUGGUUUACCAUGGGCGGAGGUCACAGAACAGCGGUCGCGGCCAGGGGUUGUUCACUCGUUCGUAGCUUGCAUUGCUGUGAUUCGUGAGCUCCGAGGAACGGAGGAUGGGCUAGGCUGCCGACAACGCGGAAUGUACUAUUGCAGUACCAUAUUGUGCUAGCACUGCACUUCAUGUAAGUGAUGUAACAUGACUAUCCA